AACGGCAGCAUGAACGCCAUCUCUUCUCCCAUCGCUGAAUCCACCAGCACAAGAGUGGGCGACUUAAAUACAGCGUACAGUAAUAUCAAAAUGUCUAACGAGGCGCAGGCUCUUACUUGCAUGUCCUCCGUGCGUAAUUUUGGAAACAUUGGCGCACUGAUCCACGGUCUUUAUCCAAGCGGCGAGGGCGCAGUCUUUAAAGAGUGCAACAUACUCGACGCCUCACUGGCUUCAAAAUACUACUAUGACCGUGGCAGUGAGUUAGUAAAGUGUGACAGUGUUGCGCCCUGGGGAGACUUUGUAAAAGUUCCGAGGACGGAUGUGGCCACAUCUGAAACUGUGCCCGACGCAGGAAGCCUCUCGUCCACUGCUGGAGCGUGUAAGUUCAUCAAAGACGAGAAGGAGCCUUCAGCGAUAAUGGACAGAGCAUGUCCCGACUUCGAUCCAUCACCGGAGCUGUCUGCUCUUGACAGCUGCUGUGACACAUAUAGGAAGCAGCAGCCGCAGCAGUCACAGCAGCCACAGCAGUCACAGCAGCCACAGCAGUCACAACCACAACAGCAGCAGCAGCAGCAGCAGCAGCUGAGUCUCAGUGACGGUGAGUUGACAAACUUCGGGCCGCUUACGACAGCUCCUCCGCCGGGGAUGGAGGGAUCUCCAAACUUUCUUAUCGACUUGAACCAGGCGGAGCAGCUGCCGGCGCUGAACCAGGUGACGACCGACUCCAGGUGCGGUUCUUCCGGGACGAUGUACAGGAACGAGUUGGUUCCCCGCUGGCAGAUGCAAACGUCUCCAGCCGAGCCUCAGUACUGGUGUCAGUCCACGGGUCUGAACGAUGACCCGUUCACACACAGCGGCUAUGAAGUGAUCCAGAGCCAGGGCUUUGUUCAGAGGAACUCCUCGCCUUUCUCCACGUUCCCCGGUAUGCCCCCUCAGAGACAGUGUGUGAUUUGUGGUGAUGAGGCAUCCGGCUGCCACUAUGGAGUCCUGACGUGUGGAAGCUGCAAAGUCUUUUUUAAAAGAGCAGUCGAAGGCCAUCACAGCUAUCUCUGCGCGGGGCGAAAUGACUGCAUUGUGGACAAAAUCCGGAGGAAAAAUUGCCCGGCGUGUCGCCUCCGAAAGUGCUAUCAAGCGGGCAUGAUGCUCGGAGGCAGGAAGUUGAAGCGUUUUGGGGCCUUGAAGGCCUUGGGCAUACCCUCGUCCCUGAUGUUCCAGUCCCACUUGGCCAUGUCCGGCAACAACCAGGCCCUGAACGCCAUGUCUUGCAUACCUGGCAUCCACGAGGUGCAAGUCAACUCACAGAUCAUCGACAUCCUGGAAAACAUCGAGCCGGAGGUCUUGUACUCGGGUCACGACAGCCUGCAGUCCGAUGUCCCCCACAUGCUGCUCAACAGUCUCAACAGGUUGUGCGAGAAGCAACUGCUUUGGAUCGUCAAGUGGUCCAAGUCUUUGCCAGGGUUCCGUAAUCUUCACAUCAAUGAUCAGAUGACCCUCAUCCAGUACUCGUGGAUGAACCUCAUGGUGUUCUCGCUUGGUUGGCGCUCCUUUCAGAAUGUCACCAGUGAAUUUUUGUACUUUGCACCCGAUCUGAUUCUCAGCCAGGACCAAAUGAGGAGAACUUCGAUUUACGACCUCUGUCUGGCAAUACAGUUUAUUCCUCAGGAGUUUGCGAACCUUCAAGUGUCCCGUGAGGAGUUUCUCUGCAUGAAAGCCAUCAUACUUCUCAACACAGUGCCUCUUGAAGGACUCAAAAGUCAGGCUGCGUUCGAGGAGAUGAGACAAAACUACAUCCACGAGCUGACAAAGGCAAUCCACAUAAAGGAGAAGGGCAUGGUGGCCAGCUCGCAGCGGUUCUACCGCCUCACCAAACUGAUGGACGUCAUGCACGAGAUAGUGAAGAAGGUCAACCUGUUCUGUCUCAGCACCUACAUCCAGGCGGACGCCAUGAGUGUGGAGUUUCCGGAGAUGAUGUCAGAGGUCAUUGCCUCCCAGCUACCAAAGGUCCUGGCGGGCAUGGUGAGGCCCCUCUUAUUCCACACGAAGUGACGAUGACGACGACACAGCCACACACACACAUCUGUGGAGACACCCUGCGACUGGAUUAUUCACACCCACAUUUACCUAAACAUAGCCCUCUGUAAUCUACCAACCUGCUUUCCGAUCUUCGGCUUCACGAGGUGAACAUAAACGCCAAAUUAUCUGCAAUAUUAUAAACUCCGAGGCAUCAAAUAAUUAAUCUUCUCCGUUUAGUCCUGCUGCAGCCACCCCUUACCCAUUCUGUAUCUUGUAUACAGAUGGUACUCACUUGCUCAUAUGCAGUAGGUUUCUGAGAACCUCUAGAUAAAGUGUUAUUUUUGUACUAAAGCAUUAAUAUUCUUAUGUUUCGCACCAGAAUGAGGACACACACCGAAACCUGCCACUUAAAAUAAUCACAUUAUUUCAGGGUUAACAGUCGAGUGACUCAGGGAGGAGAAACCGGGAGGGAAACUAUUUUUAAAAAGUUUUUUUUUUUUUAGCUGGAAAGAGAUUAAAGCUCGGGUAGGGCACAGGAGUGAGUCCAUAACAAUCUUUCAAAAUAAUGUAAAUAAAGUGAUCCAAGAGAAAACUAGACGUCUGUCCAGUAGAAAGGAUGCAAUUCCAGAAUUGCAACCAAAGCUUACGCUGUAAAAUAAUAACCUACCAAAAAAAAAGAAAAAAAAAA